AUGAUUUCCUCUACUCAGCUACCCUCAAUAUUGAUACUGCUAGCCAUCACUUUGGCAGCAGCUGUCUCGCCCGACAAGGGAAUGAUCCUUCGAAUUCGAUUAUCGGACGGUUCCAUGGAAAAAGUCCAAGUUCCACGAGGCGCCGAAGAAUCCAUGACACUCAGCGAUUUGUUGAAUCCGUUUCAGGUGGACGAAGAAUCCUCUACAGUACAGUUUGGAAGCGACAAAAUUGAUCCUAAAAAGACUCUGAGUGAAUUGGGCGCCAAACACGGAUCCAUGAUUACCAUUCAAUCCACUAACAGCAAACCAAAACCGACCGAGUCCAGAUUUGCCAAGAUGAAGCCGGCGAAGCGUGAAUGGGACCCCUUCCCAGACCUCGCUAGAGACCAUGGCACUGCUCUAUUAAAAGUAAAGACACGUCGAGCCUCCAGUAAUGGCAUGUCCUACGAUGACAUUUCCCGACUGCAAUCGUCGUUGCACGUGGUGGAACCACAACCAGAAGGCAAACUGAAGCGGGUCUACAUGUGCGCACGUUCAGCGGAACGCUUCCAUGCCAAUGGCCUAUUGAAAAAGACGGGUGGUGUCCAAUGUCGAGUUGGUUUACUUCUUGGGACCAUUCAAAAAGAGCGAGUCGACAAAAAACCGCGAAAGGCCCGGACUUCCUUGUCGAGUCAGACUUCGGAUGCUGAGUUUUGUACCGUUGCCAAGGUGCAGGCCGUUUGGGAACCGAGCGGACAAACUACUAGCAGUGGGAAAAUAUAUGACGACUCCAUUGCGUCUUCAAUGCUAUCUAAGAAUUCACGAGUCCUGGCCAUUGCCGAGAAAUUGGGUUUGCAACCAGUGGGUUGGAUUUUUAGUCAUGUCGACGAUAGACAUGGGGACGAUGAAGAUUCUUUGCCGGUGUAUGAUAUGGACCUGUCAUGUGGAUCCCAGCUGCAAAUUUCUAAAAUGAGGAAUGACAGCGAAGAUGGUUCCAAGUUUGUGACGCUCUCCAUGGACGCGAACAUUGGUGCUACCGAAGCCUUUCAAUUGAGUGACAUAUGUGUCCAAAUGGUCCACGAAAGCAUGAUUGUGACGAAACCUGGUACCAGCAAGAAACAAAUUACUACCCAUCACCCAGUGGUAGUGGAUGGCCGGGAAACCACACAAGUUGAUUCUGUCCUUUGUUUGGUCAAUACUGCCAUGUUGAGUCAUACGGGAACCUUUUCAGGCAAGACCGCAGCUGGUGCCGUCAAGAAGAAUGGAAACUUGACCAAUAAGACCAAGAAGACUCUGUUGAAACUGUUGGAGGAUGGCAAGGACAGCAAACUAUUGGAGGAGUUGUGCGAUUUCAAUACAAUCUUGGCUUUGGAUCAGCUAGUCACAGAGGAGGAAAGUGACAAAAUAUGCGAGGUGGUUUGGAAAUGGUCAAGGGGGCAAAAGCAAGGGACCAAACUGGGAUCCAAGCUGAAGAAACAGCUGCGGAACUUGUUGGAAGUGUAA